CAUGACUUCUCGCUUAACGGGAACCAAGACUCCUAAUGGCAAAGGCUUCCAGGAUCCUGACGAAGAAUGUCCUGUUUGCAGGAACACUCGAUACCUUACACCCAAUAUGAGGCUGCUUGUGAGUGAAUGUUAUCAUAAGAUGUGUCAAUCGUGUAUCGAUCGGUUGUUCGCUAAUGGUGCGACUGAAUGUCCUAUCCCAGGUUGUAAAAAGACAUUAAGAAAAAUAAGCUUUGUAGAACCGACUUUCGAAGAUUUGAGUGUUGAGAAAGAAGUUCGAAUUCGUAAAAAACUUGCUCAACAGUUUAAUAAGCGUAGAGAAGACUUUAAUGCCCCAAAGGAAUAUAAUGACUAUCUUGAAAUGGUUGAAAAGUUGGGUUUGUUUAUGUUAAAAAUUAGUAUAACUUCAUGUAAAUGGAAUUUUGACCUUAAAAUGAG